AUGACAAACUCCGAGGGCACAGAGACGCUCCUUCUGCAGGUUCCCUGGGACUGGUUAAGACAUCAGAGCUUCCUCAGAUCUCCAUUCUUCCCAGUCUUCUUCUCUCUGUCAGUUUACCUGAGCUGCUGCUUGCCUUAUGUUUGCCUGGAUUUGCUCUGUUCCAGACUUACCCUGGUGCAUCGAUUCAAGAUCCAGCCUCAGAGCGAGGUGACAUGGGCGAUGGCUUGGAGGUGUUUGCGCAAAAUUCUCCACAACCAUGUGUGUUUCAUUUUCCCCCUCUCUGUCGUGCACUGGUACUGGAGACCUGUGUUUGCUCCUGCACUUGCACCUGAGAUGCUGAGCAUUGUUAAGGACGUACUUGCCUGCCUCCUCCUGUUCGACAUGCAGUACUUUCUGUGGCAUCUGCUGCAUCACAAGGUGCCCUGGCUCUACCAUGUCUUCCAUAAGGAGCACCACAUCUACACAGCCACCUUCUCCCUGAUGACAGAAAACACAAGCGUGUGGGAGAUGCUGAGCCUCGCCUUCUUCACAGGCUUGAACCCUGCUCUUCUGGACUGCCAUCCACUCACCGAGAUGCUCUUCUUCAUCACAAACAUGUAUCUGUCUGUGGAGGCGCACUCUGGCUAUGAAUUCCCCUGGUCUCCACAUGGACUGGUGCCCUUUGGCCUCUACGGAGGAGCUCGGCAUCAUGACCUACACCACCUAAAAUUUAAAGUAAACUAUGCGCCAUACUUCACACACUGGGACAGACUUUUUGGCACACUGAAGAAAGCACGGAGGAAGUUGCGGAAGACUUUAAAGAGGCCAUGAUUGUCAGAAUAUGUGAAGUAUAUUUUUAUUUCUGCUGUUAGCUUGUAAGAAAAGCAACUCAUGAAGAAGACUGACUGAUUUAAUUUAUUUAAAAGACCACUAGAGAUACUUAAAAAACUUUUGAGAAUGAAACACACCUCCUGUUGUCUGUCAUGCUCAAAAAAUAGGUUCAAAUUUUGGAAAACGUCUGUACAUUUUACUUUUACUUACUGUUUUACAUCCGGUUGACAUUCUUGUUUACAUUUAGUUUAUCCAUUUUUCAAUUACUACACUUGUCUACCACUAAUGAUUGGUAUUAUUGGUCCGUUUAUCUGACUCCUUACACUUUCCCACCACCAAUUUGAUCAUGCAGCAUGGAAAACAUGAUAGGACACAUUCACCCCAUGUUUUUGGAGCACUCACUCAUAUUUUGGUGAUGUCACUUAUGUAACAAUUUGUUUGCACAGCUGCACCCUAGUUAUUACCAGGCUCUGUGGAAGGAAGGAAAUCAAAUCUAGACUUGUAUCUCCAUCUGUAAAUACAAUGCAUGAAGACAUAAGGUUUGCACUGAUACUGAUAAUCUUGAAUCUUCCAACCAUGAUUAUUACCACACCCCAAAAAUUAAUUAAAAUGAGCCAUGUUUCUGCAAAAGUCUCUCAAUUCAUGCAUCAUAUUUUCUC